AUGGAUAAUGGAUCUCUUCGGGUACACGUGGACAAAUCAUAUUCCAACUGGGCAACACUGACUUGUCAGAGUAGUUGUCGACUAAAUUAUCAUCCCUCCUACAUCUGGUACAAAAAUGGACACAGGGUUUCUGGUAGAAACCAGUAUCGGUAUACAGACAAUCUGAAUCCUUCAGAUAGCUACUCCUGUGCUGUAAGAGGUCAUGAAGAUUUCUCCUCUCCUUCAGUGUGUGUCCAAGAUGAUUCAUGCAACAGAGUGAAUUACAGCAACAGAAGAAUCUGUGCAGUCAAAGGAUCAUCAGUGGACAUUUCUUGUACUUACAACAGUUAUGAAAGUCCAAUCCAAUCAAAGUCCUGGUUCUGUUCUGGUCGUGGAUCUGAGGAUCUCACAGAAGACUCCCAGUAUGCAGGUCGUGUUCAGGUGACUGAAACAGAGAGAGGACGCUCCACUCUGAGAAUCAGAGACCUGACAGAGAGUGAUUCAGCCAAGUAUCACUUCAAAUUCAAGACACAAAGCUUUGAAUGGAAGAGUAGUUUACCUGGAACAACUCUGACUGUCACAGAUGUUCAGGUCAGAGGGUUCAAUGGACGACAGUUGGAUUGUGUCACCAGAUGUGAUCCUUAUGUUUCUUAUGUCUGGUACAAAAAUGGGCAACAAGUGAAUGGAGCCAGCUCUUCUUCUUAUGACGUGUCACGUGACACUUCAAACAGCUACACAUAUCAAAGGUCAUAUGACAAUAAAAACAGCUACUCAUGUGCUUUAAAAGGAUUUGAGGAUUUUCACUCUUCGUUAGUUUGUACACAGGGUCAACGGUGCAACAAAGUGAAUUACAGUAAAAGAAAAAUCUGUGCAUUCAAAGGCUCAUCAGUGGACAUUUCAUGUACUUACAACAGUUAUGAAAGUUCAAUCCAAUCAAAGUCCUGGUUCCGUUCUGGUCGUGGAUCUGAGGAUCUCACAGAAGACUCCCAGUAUAAAGAUCGUGCUGAGGUGACUGAAACAGACCGAGGACGCUCCACUCUGAGAAUCAGAGACCUGACAGAGAGUGAUUCAGCCGAGUAUCACUUCAAAUUCAAAACACAAAGCUUUGAAUGGGGGAGUAGUUUACCUGGAACAACUCUGACUGUCACAGAUGUUCAGGUCAGAGGGUUCAAUGGACGACAGUUGGAUUGUGUCACCAGAUGUGAUCCUUAUGUUUCUUAUGUCUGGUACAAAAAUGGGCAACAAGUGAAUGGAGCCAGCUCUUCUUCUUAUGACGUGUCACGUGACACUUCAAACAGCUACACAUAUCAAAGGUCAUAUGACAAUAAAAACAGCUACUCAUGUGCUUUAAAAGGAUUUGAGGAUUUUCACUCUUCGUUAGUUUGUACACAGGGUCAACGGUGCAACAAAGUGAAUUACAGUAAAAGAAAAAUCUGUGCAUUCAAAGGCUCAUCAGUGGACAUUUCAUGUACUUACAACAGUUAUGAAAGUUCAAUCCAAUCAAAGUCCUGGUUCCGUUCUGGUCGUGGAUCUGAGGAUCUCACAGAAGACUCCCAGUAUGCAGGUCGUGCUGAGGUGACUGAAACAGAGCGAGGACUCUCCACUCUGAGAAUCAGAGACCUGACAGAGAGUGAUUCAGCCGAGUAUCACUUCAAAUUCAAGACACAAAGCUUUGAUUGGAAGAGUAGUUUACCUGGAACAACUCUGACUGUCACAGCUCUGCAGGUGAAGGUGAGCAGAAUAAUACCAGUCCAUGAGUGUCAGACUGAGGCAGAGCUGAAGUGUGAAAGCAGCUGCAGUCCAGCUGGUCGUCUUUCUUUCAUCUGGUUCAAGAACGGACAGAAAAACACAAAACAGCAAACUUCUACUUAUACAGACUGCUUUUAUCCUGGAGACAACAUCUCCUGUGCUUUCACAGGAUAUGAGGAUUACCACUCUCCACCAGUGUAUGCUCCAAAAUUUGCUUCAGUACUGGUGCUGAAUAACUCUCAUGAGAUAGUGGAGGGUAGCUCUGUGAAUCUGACCUGCAGCAGUGAUGCUAACCCAGCAGCUAAUUACACCUGGUACAAGGACAAAAAAACAAUCAGUACAAAACAAGAGCUCAUCUUCAGAUCCAUCCAGUCUUCUGACUCUGGAGAGUAUAAUUGUACCGCUAAGAAUGAGCUGGGUCAAAGACCAUCUGAAGUCAUCUCUAUCAAUGUGAAAUAUGCUCCAAAGCUUGCCUCUGUGUCAGUGAGUCCCUCUGCUGAGAUAGUGGAGGGCAGUUCAGUCACUCUGACCUGCAGCAGUGAUGCUAACCCAGCAGCUAAUUACACCUGGUACAAGGAGAACAAAUUAUUGCUUCAUGGACCAGUGGGAAGGUACCAUUUCUCCUCCAUCAGCUCUGAGCACAGCGGGAACUACUCGUGCAAAGCUGAGAAUCUGUAUGGACCAGCACAGUCCGUAACUCUAUACAUAGAUGUUGAGUAUCCUCCGAGGCUUCCCUCUGUGUCAGUGAGUCCCUCUGCUGAGAUAGUGGAGGGCAGUUCAGUGACUCUGACCUGUAGCAGUGAUGCUAACCCAGCAGCUAGUUACACCUGGUACAAGGAGAAUGAAGACUCAGCAAAAGCAUCAGGCCAGAACUUCACCAUCACUGACUUCAGACCCGAACACAUUGGGAGUUAUUACUGUGUUGCACAGAACACAAGAGGACAUCAUAACUCCACCUUACAGCUGAUUGUUACAGCAAGUUUAGUGAAAUCAGCUGCAAUUGCAUCGAUGACUAUUUUCUUUUUGGCUAUCGUAAUCCUCUCUGCAGUCAUAUUCAUAAGAAAAACGAGGCCCUUAAAAGUCAUUUUCUCCAAAGACAGGACAAACAGCAUCGCACAGAAAAGUGCAUCUCCAGAACAUGAUGGCCCUUCAGCUCCACCAGCAGAGCAGCAGGACGACCUUUGCUACGCCAGUGUCAGUUUCUCAAAGAGCCAAGAAGAUCCUCUCUACUCCAACAUUAUGCCCACUAAACCCAAAGGACAAAAUGAAGAAGAUGAGGAAGAGGGAGGGGGAGAUGUGGAAUACUCUCUUGUCAAGUUUAUUAAUGGAGCCCAAGGAUUAAGAGGUGAACAGGCUGUGGAAGAUUCAUCUGCACUAUACAGCACAGUCAGGAAAAUCUACCAUUGAGUCUGUAAGGAUGUGUUUGUAUUUAUUAAAGAGUGUUGAGCGUUUUUGGUUAAUGGUCUUUUGGAAAACUGGGAAUGAAGAAGAAAUUUUCCAUGACAGCUAGGCUUUAAUUUGUUUGAUAUGUAUAGUGUAGAGCAUUUUAAAUGUAUUCACAUUUGUGCAUGAAUGUGGUUUCAACACAGAUUUGUUUGUAUGCACUGUUUGUGAAUGACUCACUCUCCUGAUCAGUGUAUGUCCACAUGUACACUCUUGCUUCCUUCAUUUUCUAAUGCGAUCAUUCAAAUGCAUUAUAGCUCCGUCUCCAUGCACUGAUGACUGUUUUAUGUAUCUAUCAACUCAAAGAGAUUUUUUAUUUACUGUGGCUUCGUUUAUUUUUUAAGACCGUGACUUAUUUACCAAUGCUUUCACUCUCAUAAUAACCUGACUGGAAUGCACUGAUAUAUAUUAUUUAAUGAAAAAAAAAACUUUA